CCGCCGCCGCCGCCGCCGCCGCCGCCAGCAGAGCGCACCGGGCUGGCCGGGCGAGUGGCUAUGGCGGGCGCCGAAGACGGGCCGGGCCAGCAGCCGGAGGUCGACGAGGACGAGGCGGCGUAUUGCCGGCGCUGGGGCGCGCAACAUGCCGGGGCCCGCGAGCUGGCCGCGCUCUACUCACCAGGCAAGCGCUUCCAGGAGUGGUGCUGUGUGGUGCUGUGCUUCAGCCUCAUCGCCCACAACACGGUCCACCUCCUGCUGCUGGCUCACUGGGAGCACACACCUCUCGUAAUGCUGGGAGUCGUUGCAGGGGCUCUCAUUGCUGACUUCUUGUCUGGCCUGGUGCACUGGGGAGCCGACACCUGGGGCUCCGUGGAGCUGCCCAUCGUGGGGAAGGCUUUCAUCCGGCCAUUCCGGGAGCAUCACAUCGACCCGACAGCCAUUACGCGGCACGACUUCAUCGAGACCAACGGGGACAACUGCCUGGUGACGCUGCUACCGCUGUUAAACAUGGCCUACAAGUUCCGCACCCAGAGCCCAGAAGUCCUGGAGCAGCUGUACCCCUGGGAAUGCUUCGUCUUCUGCCUGAUCAUCUUCGGUACCUUCACCAACCAGAUCCACAAGUGGUCACACACGUACUUUGGGCUGCCGCGCUGGGUCGUCCUCCUGCAGGACUGGCAUGUCAUCCUGCCUCGUAAACACCAUCGCAUCCACCACGUCUCACCCCACGAGACCUACUUCUGCAUCACCACAGGCUGGCUCAACUACCCUCUCGAGAAGAUGGGCUUCUGGAGACGCCUAGAGGACAUUAUCCAGGGCCUGACAGGCGAGAAGCCUCGGGCAGACGACAUGAAAUGGGCACAGAAGAUCAAAUAACUCCUCCAGGCCACCACCUCGUUGCCAACCUUACCCAGCUCCCCCAAACCGAAGCCAUCUGCCAAAUUCCAGCCUCCUUGCGCUGGCCCCUCCAGGUGGAGAGGACACCUCCUGGGCUGGGCCCAGGCACCCCCAGCCCACCCCUUGUGACACAGAAUACUUGAGCCACUGAUUUUUUUCAUUUCCUUUCCUUGACCCCUCCCCAGCCACCUGAGCUGCUCUGUCUGCCAAACCUGACUCUGCAAAAAAAAAAAAAAAAAAAGCGCCCCGCCCUGCCAGCCAUUCCUUGGGUUGAGGAGAAGUUCACCAACUCCCCACACUCCCACCACCCCUUGCCCCACUGGGCAGCCCUUCAGCGUGGCUGGUAUCGGGGCACUGAGUCGUCUUAUCUGUUCCUCUUUGCCCUCAGUGGUCUAGGAGCCCCCAGGCACACCUAACUGUCCCUGGAGCAUUACCCUGCCAUGGACCUGCAGACUGACCCCCAAGGCCUGGGUGGAUAGACAGCCCCAGUCACCACCUUCAGCCUAGCUUGUCCACCCAAGGAUGGCAAAGUGCAGCAAGGGUCUGGGGGCAGCUGGCCAGACGAGGCUGGAAUUUACUGAUCAAGUCUGGACCCCCCUUCUUCCCCACCCCUCCCCCAUCUGCCCAUGUGAUUCCAGCCAGAGCUGAUGUUUCUGAUCGGAGGAUGUCUUCGAAGGGCACAGCCCCUGCAAAGGGUCUUGGUCAUUUGGAAGGGGACACAGUGUCCCCUCUGGCCGGGGGUAUGUCAGAGAAGGGAGAGUGGGGUUUUUUAGUUUCGGUUAUUUUUUUUUUAACGGUGCUUGCUUGUUUAAUGUAAAUAAUAGAAAGCCUUAAUAUCUUUUCUGUAACACGGAGUAAUAUUUUAAUGUCAUGUUUUGGAUGUAUAUAAUAUAUUUAUAACAAAGCAGCAAGAGUCUACUUAACCUCGGCUGCCUCGUGUUUCCUGGUUGGCUGGGGGAAGGGAAGUAAGGAGCCUGGAGGGUGAGGCGCCACCCCUACCCUAUUCCCAGCUUCCCUCGCAACGCUGGGCUAAGGAUGAGGGCUUUGUCAUCUAAGACAGUGAAUCAAUGUUGACAUCUGCUCCAAACACUUUUGGAAGGGACCCGUGAUUUGGUGAGGAAUGGUCUUCAUGCAGGAAAUCAUGGUGAUAAGUAACAAAGGCUGAUCCCUAUUGGUGAAUUCCUUUGGCAAAUGUUUAUUGGCACCUAAUGUGUGCCAGGCUCUGGCCUGGAUACCGGGGCAUGGAAGUGAACAAACAAACAUGGACCUACCCUGAUGGAGCUGACCUCCUGGGGAGAGAGACAAUAAACUUAAAUAAAUGCACAUGGA